GACGAGCUCGAGGCUCGAGGGCGUCGGACAAAGGUUGGCCGUGUCGAGCGGCCGGCCGGCGGCGCAUUCACGACUCAAACAUGGCAGCGGCUACUAGCGUUGUCGUGCUCGACAGGGGCAACAACACCACCUGCACCAUCAAUUUACACGGAGCCACCGUGGUGUCCUGGCGGGUGAAUAAUCAGGAACAGCUGUUCGUUAGUAAGCAAGCUGUAUUCGAUGGAAAGAAGGCUAUUAGAGGCGGCAUACCAUUCGUUUUCCCACAAUUCGGAGCGUGGACGUUUGGGCCGCCUCAUGGCUUUGCUAGAAUCAUUCGUUGGAAUGUGGAAAAGUCACCGGAACGAUUACCCAGCGGGGAUAUUGAAGCGAUAUUCUCGAUAAUGGACAGCGAAUUCACGCGAUCGCUGUGGAAUUCACAAUUCAGGUUAACGUACAGGCUAAUAUUGCGCGAGAAGGAAUUGCACUUCAAUAUCGGCGUCUAUAAUCCUAGCAGAGAGGACACGUUCAGCUUUAAUUUGCUUCUACACACUUAUUUCAAAGUGCCCGACGUUAGGAGAUGCCAAAUCACAGGGCUGCACGGAUGCACGUUCGUCGACAAGACUAGGGACAACCAAAUCUUUCAAGAAGGCCGCGAUGUUGUCACGGUGUGCGAAUGGACCGACAGGAUCUACCAGAACACGCAGCCGGAGCAUAUCAUCACGAACGUCGUUUCUGGUAGAAAGAUGCGCGUGCAAAAGUACAAUUUUCCCGAUACCGUCGUGUGGAAUCCCUGGCAGGAGAAGGCACGCGACAUUCCGGAUUUCGGCGACGACGAAUUUCCCAACAUGAUAUGCGUCGAGAGCGGACACGUCAGUAGUCCGGUUAUACUGUUGCCGGGGACGGCCUUUGAAGCGAGCCAGAUACUACAGGUGAUGUGAGUAGAGAGUGGACCGACGUCACACGUCAGUACCGGAGGCAGUACCAAUUCGUUGCUUCCGACGUCCUCAUCGUCCGCGGUCUGGCCAGCGGGCGCUGGUUGGCUUUACAUGCCGCCACCGCCGCCGCCGCCGCCGCCCCCGCCGCCACCUCCGCCACCCUUGCCGUCGCAUCCAUCUCAUUUACACUCGCAUUGCGUUGCCCAAACCUGCACGAUAUGCUCUUUGAAUCUUUAAACUCGCAGCCUUCAAACACGAACGAACUCUUGGAAUUUCUUCGCUAUCCUCGCUCUUCCCAUCAGACGUUUUCUCGAAAGAUCUAUACGUAAACCACUGUAUAUGAGUGAAGAACGUAUCUUUUCUUUCGACAUAUUCGUCGAGGAAAUGAUGAUUUGCAUAAUAAAGGUAAUUUGAUUAAUUUUAUUGAAGAAUUUCUUUCAUCAACUUUUACAUUCGCUUGUUUUCACCUUUGUGCUUUAUCUGAAAAAAUUCAAAAUGGUCAAUCUCAAUGAGAAUAUGAGGAAUCGAUCAAUCUGUCUCUCUUUGGUUUCCAAACAACAAUAAUGAUAAUAAAAUGUACAAGAUUUAUAAAUAUGUUAUUUCUAGCAUCAUCCUUGCUUUCCGAUAAAGAUAACGUUAUCUCGCUUGCAAUGUCUACUUUUUUUAUCGAAGAUAUUGUAAAGCUGCGAGAAGAUAUUCGUGUAAAUAUUACGCGAAACAGAAUAGUAUUCUCUUGUUUGGUUUUCAAAGGACAUUGUCCUAAAGAAACGAUCGUUUUAGAGUUUCGAUUCGUCACAAAUAUUUACAUAUACAUUCCACAUAUACCACUAUUUAGAUGGAAAACGAAAGAGAGAUAUAUAUCACGUCUCUUAUUUCUGACUCAUCACUUUUGAAUAUUAGUACACAAUACAUUGUUUAUAGGCAUAUAUGGCAUAGAUAGAUUGGCAUGUAAGCGACUUUGCUACAUUCACGUAUGCGAUAUAAGACUUUCACUAUAAAUUUCCCAAGUAUUGUGAUGUAAUUAUUUGUUAAUUUCGAAUGAUUCCAUCGGAUUUACUUGCUGUAAGAUAUAUAUUUGAAAUUUGUAAAAAGCAGGAAAUGCACUUUGUGUGAUGUAUUUUCAGUUAUACAGAGAUAUACGAUCUGCAAUAAAAGUAUCAUAGAAAUUUUCAAACAUACAUAGAGACUCACUUUUUGAAAACUUUUUUA